UGUAACCAGGCCAACUGGCCAAGGCUCCGUCAUUACGAUUUGCAUUUCUUUCAAGAAGAAUUGUGAUCCUUUCGGAUCAUCACCAAUUGACCAUCAUAAUGGCCUUCGCAGUCGCUCAAUUCCCUUCCGUCUCUUCAACCAAUCGCGACCUGCAGCUACAGAAACGAUCACUCCCUCCACCUAUUCUUCGUUCCAAGUUGUCAGUUUCUAUGCACUUUGAAGGAACUGGAACAGAACGUACUUAUUCAGAGGCUAUCACCACCUUAAGUUAUACAGCUGAUCCAUCAAGUUCACAUAUAGAGGGCACUAAGAAAUCAAAUCCAAAUAAAGAAGAACAAGUUGGUGGUAAGUUAGGGGUCGAUGACCAAUCAAUGGGACAAGUUGUCACCCAACAGAAAAGGGCAGCAAAGAUCCAUGAUUUUUGUUUUGGGAUCCCAUUCGGUGGGCUUAUUUUAAGUGGAGGGCUUGUUGGAUUUCUUUUCUCAAGAAAUAUCACAACUCUAAGCACGGGCAUGCUCUUUGGAGGUGCUUUGUUGGCCCUGAGCACCACUAGCUUAAAGUUUUGGAGGCAAGGAAAAUCCAGCUUGCCAUUUAUAUUGGGGCAAGCAGCACUUGCAGCGGCACUUCUUGGGAAGCAUUAUAAGACCUACUCCAUGACGAAAAAAUUCUUGCCCACAGGAUUCUAUGCCAUUGUUAGCGCUGCAAUGUUGUGUUUCUAUUCCUAUGUGCUGAUUUCUGGAGGAAACCCUCCACCAAAGAAGUUAAAGUCAGCCGAAGCUGCUCCAUCAUGAUGCAAAGUAAAGUUCAUUGCGUAAAGUUUUUCAUGUAAUAUAUUAUCUUCUUAUACAAGUUGUACUCAGGUUACGGUUGAACCAUUCCCACUUUUUGUCAUUUAGUUCAAUCUAAUGUAUAAUUAUGUGUGGGAAGAGAAAUACAUAAAUAGAACGGGAUGGUGAUGACUUAUGAAGAGACAGAGGGAGAGGUGAUUAAUGGCUU